GUAGUCAAAAUGGCGGCUGUAUUCAGGAGAUGUGUGUCCUGCCUGAACUUAGGAAAACCUUUAGUUUUAAGGAAGAGUGGAAAUUUACCGAGUUUUUCAGGUUCUAACAAAGAUUCGCUGAUGGUGAAAGGAUUUAUUUCAGCUCUGAUGAUACAAGGCCAAAAGCGUACUUAUUCAAGCGGAAAUUCAGAGUAUGAUUUGUUGUGGGAGGCUGUAACUAGUGGUAGAGGAACAGGGAGACGGAAGAAGACAAAUAUUGUCAAAGGAAUCGAUCCAAAACUACUCAAGUACGACAAGGCUGGUCUCAAGUGGAAAGGGUAUAAUGUUCCUAUAAAUGAUGAGGUGGAACUGGACAGAGAUGAAGAAGGAAUUACAGAGAAACCAAAGAAGACUGGUGACAGAGGUUGGGCUGGAAAGGGCUGGCCAGGGAGAAAAUGUGGAAACCCCUUUACUGCUGAUGGAAGGGAAUUGUCAGACUUCUCAACUGUAUGCAUUGAGUUGCGGAGAGUGAGCAACACAACUUCUAAUGGAAGGAAGAAAAGUCUGCGUGCCUUGGUAGUCGCAGGGAACAAAAAUGGGCUAGCAGGUUUUGGUGUUGGGAGAGGAAAAAGUGCCCUGAGUGCAAUAACUGAGGCAAAGAACAGAGCUGUGAACUAUCUUUACCAUUUUGAACGUUGCGACAACCACACAAUUUUUCAUGACAUGGAAACGAAGUAUCACUGCACAAAAAUAAACUUUUUCAGAAAGCCACGAGGCUUUGGACUUCGCUGCCAUCGAGCGAUAAAAGAGAUCGCAAUACUCAUCGGAAUUGAAGACAUGCGCUGUAAAGUGUACGGUGAGACGAACCCCAUCAGCCUCGUUCGCGCGGUGUUCCAGGGACUGCUUAGUCAGGAGACGCAUCAGCAGCUUGCAGAUCGCACGGGCUUUAAUGUAGUGGAGUUCAGAGCUGAGUGUGGAAAUAGGCCCAUGAUUGUGGCCUCACCAAGUGAUGAGGCCCGAAACAAGGCUCUCAAAAAGAGAUCUGAAAAAGCGGAGUACAACUUUAACGAGGUCUUCGAUCCUUACAGAGGACUCCAUCGACCUAAGAAAGUGGUUGACUUGUUUUAGUCUUCUGCAUUUGGAAUGAUUCAGAACUAGUAAUGCGUGUGCUCAGUGUACAGGGAACCCUUCGAUUUUUGAAAAUUUUAAAACUGACGAGAAUUCCCUCGAUUCAAGAGAAAAGAGCGUUGUAUUCACUUUUACUGUGAGACUUAGAGAAAAUUAUUCUCAUCAAAUUUUACUGACAUAGAAACGAUACAGGGGGUUGUCGGUUAAGGAGUGUGGGAGAGAGCUAAGGAAGAUGCU